GUUAAAUUUCAAUCUUAAACCAUUUCGUCACGCUCUGCCGGUUUUGCCGGAUUUAGAAAGUAAAUUGAAUAAUUCUCCGAUUCUCAAUCAAACCGGUUCAACCAGUCGGUUCUGUCCGGUUUUUAAAACAGUGAAUUUUUAAUACAGUCUUACAAUUCCCGCUGGUCAACAGACGCUAUCUUAAAGGUCAGCUCUUGAUGCCAUUCUCUCUGACCACCACCACUCUUAGAUCCCAUAAUUUCCACCCAAAUCCAAAUUUCAGAUCGAGAAAUUCGAGAAUGUCGACGCCUCCUGUUCUCUCGCUUGCUCUUCCUUCAGAUACUGGUCGAGUUCUUAGUAUCCAAUCGCACACUGUACAGGGAUAUGUUGGUAACAAAUCAGCUGUCUUUCCUCUUCAAUUGUUGGGGUACGAUGUGGAUCCAAUAAACUCAGUACAGUUCUCGAAUCAUACAGGGUAUCCUACAUUUAAAGGACAAGUUUUGAAUGGUGAACAGCUGUGGGAUUUGAUAGAAGGUCUUGAAGCGAACGAUUUAUUGUUCUACACUCAUUUAUUAACAGGUUAUAUUGGAUCAGUGUCAUUUCUGAAUACUAUUUUGGAGGUUAUCAAUAAGCUUCGCUCUGUAAACCCGAAUCUUACAUAUGUAUGUGAUCCGGUGAUGGGUGAUGAAGGAAAGUUGUAUGUGCCUGAAGAAUUAGUACAGGUUUAUCGUGAAAAGGUUGUUCCCUUGGCUUCUAUGUUGACUCCUAACCAAUUCGAGGCAGAGAAAUUAACAGGAUUAAGGAUAGUGACACUGGAUUUUUCUCUUGUUAUGGUUCCUUACAGUUCUAAAUGUUACAGGAUAAAUUCUGAGGAAGAUGGCAGAGAAGCUUGUUCUAUUCUUCAUGCAGCUGGUCCUUCGAAGGUGGUGAUCACUAGCAUUACUAUAGGAGGCAUUCUUUUGCUUAUUGGAAGUCACCAGAAAGAAAAGGGUCAGAAGCCUGAUCAAUUCAAGAUUUUGAUACACAAAAUCCCUGCUUAUUUUACGAAAUACCCUGACAACCUUGAUAAAGCAGCCGAGCUUGCAGUUUCAACAUUGCAGGUAACCUUCUAA